AUGCGACCGUCGGCUCGCACUCUGACGACCACGGCUAAAUUACGUGCAGCAACGCCACCAAAAGCAUCGGAAAACGGAGCGAUUAACCCAAGAUGGUUAUCGGAUUUACAAAACAGAUUACAGAAUUCGCUCUCACUCAAAAUUGCGCCGAAGAAGGUAGACGAAGUGAGAGAACGACUGGCGUAUCUGGAUGAGAAUUGGCUGGAGCUCUCAGCAGGACGAGAAGGGUUCUUGGCCGACCCGGAGAGACGGGGGAUGGAUAGACACGUUGUGCAAUGGGGAGAUAUGGACGUAAUGGUAAGACAUGUCAAUAAUGUCAUUUAUAAUCGGCUCGCAGAGUCUGGCCGUGUCAAUUGGACAAGGAAUCUUGCACAGUUUUCAGAACCCAAGUAUCAACAGGAAUGGUAUGACCUCAUGUCGCCAAAAGCCGUUGGCCUCAUUCUCGCAAGCAUCAGAACAGACUUCAAAUUCCCUAUGACCUUCCCAGACCGUGUUACGGUUUUGCAUAAGCUUGCCACGAAGCCGGAUUACACUUCCGACCGCUUCUACCUGGAAGCUGUCAUGUACUCGGAUCAGCAAAGACGGCCGGCGGCAAAAUGCUUUGAGGAUAUCGUAGUCUACGAUUACAAGACAGCCAAAAAAACUCCUUUGAAACCCUUCAUGGUUGAUGAGCUGCGAGCGACGUUUGAUCUACAAGAACAAAGAAAGCAAGAAGCCGAGGAAAAGGUGGCUGAGCUGCAUGCGUUUGUUCAGCAGGUGGAGGAUAGUGCUGGUGCUGCAUAG